AUGGCGUCCGAACUAGCCAGGCUUGCACUGGUCUCGGCCGCCGUGGCCGCGGCCAUGACCUACGCGCGCCUCGCCGCCUCGCGCUUGGGCCCCGGCCUCCCCCGCCUCGCGGCGCUCCUCCCGGUGCUCCUCCUCCUCCCCGUGCUCCCCUUCACCUUCUCCUCCAUCCACCUCCGCACCAUCUCCGCCUUCUUCCUCGUCUGGCUCUGCGGCUUCAAGCUGCUCCUCCUCGCCGCCGGCCACGGCCCGCUCCACCCGGCCCUCCCAGCCGUGCGCUUCGCCGCCUGCGCCGCGCUCCCCAUCAAUGUCCGGAACGGAGCGCUGACCUCGCCGCGGUCCCUCUCUGCCGGGUUCCUGCUCUCCUACGCGGCCAAGGCGGCCCUCUUCGCCGCGCUCGUCUCGCUCCGUGGCCUCCGGGCGAGGAUGCCGGCGUACGCCGUGGUCGCGUUCGACGGCGCGCACGUGUACCUGAUGCUGGAGCUCUUCCUGGCGUCCGCCGCGGCGUUCGCCCGGACGCUCCUCGGCACGGAGCUGGAGCCGCAGUUCGACCGGCCGUACCUGGCCUCGUCGCUCCGCGACUUCUGGGGCCGCCGGUGGAACCUCAUGGUCCCCGGGGCGCUCCGGCCGAGCGUGUACCGCCCCGUGCGCGCCCGCCUCGGCUACUCCGCCGGCGUGCUCGCCACGUUCCUCGUGUCAGGCCUCAUGCACGAGGUGAUGUUCUACUACAUCACGCUCGAGGCCGGCACGGGGGAGGUGACCGCGUUCUUCGUCCUCCACGGCGCGUGCGUGGUGGCCGAGCGGCGGUGGGUGCGGCGGGGCGGCACAUGGCGGCCGCCGCGCGCGGCGGCGACGGCGGCCACGCUGGCGUUCGUGACGGGGACCGCGUCCUGGCUCUUCUUCGCGCCCGUGAUACGGAGCGGGCUGGACAAGGCCAUCGUCGCCGAGUGCGAGGGGAUGCUGGCCUUGCUGGAGGCGGCUGUGCGGAGGCUGGCGGCACGCCUGGUUUGGACCUGA